AUGUCUUUUCAAUCGACCUUCUCGAAUACCUUCCACCUGCGCGACUUCGUCGACACCGUCACAGACGACCCGAGUCGGGAAAACGCAUCCAACUACGUGGAAAUACAUACCGAUGCCAACAUUUUUGAGGAGAGCAGCUUCUACAGUCCUAAUGUCAACGUCGAGCCCAUUCGUACUCGCAUCCAUGCUUAUCUCACACGAGAAGAAAGGGACCUCUAUGUGCCAAACGCCUUCUUCUAUGCCGAUGGUCGCUUCUCUACUACCUUGUCUACCGACGGGCCCUUGGAAAUCAGUGUCCAAGCCCUCAGCUUGAUGAGGCACGUCCCGUCUUGUCUGUGGUGUCCGAUGGUGACCAUCAUCGGCUUCGUGCCACCUCGUAGCGACAAGACUCCUGACCUUUCAGAGGACCGCUGUUUCGCUGUCGAAACAUCAGUCUACGACACCUCAAAGGCAGUUCCAGUUGCGUUCUCUGUCGCUUGUUUCUUAGAAAACACCAAGCGUUGGCAAAGAGUCAAGAUACCGCCGUCGGGAGCCUUUCUCAGCAUCACUGCCAAAGUCGCUGGUCGCACCAUUGACACUAAUCAGCUGGCCCUCCGUGUCCUUGACUUGGCCUACCUGCCG